UAAGCUUGGACACAACCAAACACCAUCUACUUCUGAUCUUAAUCUAAGAUCUUUUUUCCUUGAUAGCUAUGGCAGAUCAAAGGCUACCAUUCCGUUUUCGUCUCCCUUGGCAAUCAUUAACAAGUUCUCCACCUCCUCCCCCACGCCCUACUGCUGAAUCACAACCCUCUCGGCCUGCACCUGAAAUCCAAAUGCCUGCUCAAGCUGCCACUGCUGUCCCCAUUAUGCGACCACCAUUUAGGCCAUACACAGGGACAUCCCCAGCAGUACAGGCCCCCCCUCCUCCCCAGGCACAAGUACCACAAAGAACUGAACCCCAGCCAUCAGAGCCAGUACCUCAAUCCCGAGCUGGGGGCUCCGUGCCCUCGUCACCAUCUCGCACAUCUCAAAUCCAACCAGCAUCGGGGACAUCCCUUAAUCCGCCUUGGUCUCCAUCUCGUAAUUUUUUCUCUCAACCUACUGGCCUAAAGACAUCACAACCAACUGGUGCAACUACAUUACAACCCACUCCUGAGCCAGCACCUCAAUCCAGUGCUGCGGGCUCUGUGCCCUCGUCACCAUCUCGCACAUCUCAAAUCCAACCAGCAUCGGGGACAUCCCUUAAUCCGCCUUGGUCUCCAUCUCGUAAUUUUUUCUCUCAACCUACUGGCCUAAAGACAUCACAACCAACUAGUGCAACUACAUUACAACCCACUCUUGAGCCAACACCUCAAUCCCGUGCUGCGGGCUCCGUGCCCUCGUCACCAUCUCGCACAUCUCAAAUCCAACCAACAUCAGGGACAUCCCUUAAUCUGCCUUGGUCUCCAUCUCGUAAUUUGUUCUCUCAACCUACUGGCCUAAAGACAUCACAAUCAACUGGUGCAACUACAUUACAACCCACUCCUGAGCCAGCACCUCAAUCCCGUGCUGCGGGCUCCGUGCCCUCGUCACCAUCUCGCACAUCUCAAAUCCAACCAGCAUCGGGGACAUCCCUUAAUCCGCCUUGGUCUCCAUCUCUUAAUUUGUUAUCUCAACCUACUAGCCUAAAGACAUCACAACCAACUGGUGCAACUAUAUUACAAUCCACAAUUCAAGAAAGCUCUCAGCCUGCACCCACUGCCGCUCAGCCCCCAUCUUCUCUCUCUGAGAAAGAACCAAAACCAGUGGUUUCCCAGAAACAAACCCCAAUUGAAACCUCCUCUCAACUAGAUGGAGUGGUGACACGGCCAAAAAAAGUUUUCCUAACUACUGAUCAACCCCAAAAGUCAGAUUCUGAUGCCAUCGGUGGUGAUGCUAAGCCAAAGUCAGAGGAAGAGGAAAGGGAAGGAGAGAAGAAAGUAGUGCGAGGAAUAACUGAAGAAAGAACAAGUGCUGCAUUUCAAGCAAAAGAAAAGCCGAAGCCGGAGAAGGAAGAAACUUGUGACAGAAAGGAGGCAAUAUACUCCGCCAGUUCUAGUGCAAAACAGAUCAACACUACAAGUUCAAACAAUCCAAAAGAUAGGAAAAUAUCAAGCAAAUCAACCACACAAAAGCCGAGUACUGUUGUCUCCGACGGGGAACAGCUUCCACCGCAUGAAGAGGUAAGGAAAGAUAUUUUUAAGUAUCUUCAAAAGCUGACCACUAGCUAUCCGAUUGAUGAAAAACCAGUCAGUGUCAUAACCAUAGCUGGUGGAAAUGAAGGAGCAUCAAUGCACUUAGGCUUAGAGUCGGCUGAAAAAGAAGAAAAGGUCCACAUUCAGCGAGGUUACAAGCUCAAUCCAACUGAGGGCACUGAAGCUACUGCUGAUGGAGAGGGGAGCUCCAAGGCUAAGAGAUCCGAAAAUCCAAUCACAAAAGAAAACCCGCCAUCAAGAACAUACGUUAAUAGCAACGUACAGAGUGUCAACAACUCGAUGUUGUUUGACAAUUCCAUCACCGAAAGGAAUCCUGGCAUCCAGUUGGUUGUAUCCAAUGAACAAGAAGAACCGGUCAAAUCAAGUGGUAAACCGGAGGCUCUUGAAACACGCAAGGCUGAAUCCAAUAUCACCCCAGCCGAGAAGCUUACAUAUGAGCCAACCGUAGAAAGACGGGGCCUCGUGACAGGGCUUUUCGUGGAACCAAUUCCAAGUGACUCGGACCCAGACAACGCUGGAAAGCCUCGACGUCAUGGUUCCGAAACUGACAGUGGGGGGGGAGACGGACAAAGAUAAAGUGAUUGGGAUACUCUGAUCAAGUGCAAUAUUACGAACUUGUUAAUAUCUGCUUAAAGACAAAGAAAUUAAUAUAUUAUAUAUGUCUAUUCGAUCGAGGAUAAUAAAAGUGCUGUUACAUGCAUAAUGUAAUAAGGAUAUUGCUAUUAAUUAAAAGUUCACCAUGUCAUGCUUUCUUUCUA